UUCGUCAAAGCACAAUCGCUGGUGCUCACAAAGUCGAUAGAUCUGGAGAAGGGCGAGCAUGGACGACAUGGACACUUCAGCAAGGACGAACCCUUGCCUUUUGAGAUAAAAGGGAAGCUUGGAAGCGGAGGGUUUUCCCAGGUGGACAGAAUACUCAAUCCUGUAUUUCUCGGCCUCAUUAUGUCUCCGGUGGCAGACACGGACCUUGCGAAGUACCUGAAAGGUAUCGCAAGCUCAACCUCCGCCGGAUUGCUACCUGUGGAAGAUAUCACGAACCUCCGGUCCUACUUCGGCUGCCUAGCUAACGCUCUUCAAUAUCUCCAUGAGCAAUCAAUUAGGCACAAGGAUAUCAAACCCCAGAAUAUCCUCAUUGAGAGUGGUAACGUCCUCUUCACCGAUUUCGGAUUGUCGCGCAACUUCCAAGAUACAACCGGUAGUACGACAUCAGGGAUGACUUACAUGACUCCGCGCUACUCUGCCCCCGAAGUAGCCGCGUAUGAUGCGCGCAAUACAUCUGCCGACAUCUGGUCUCUCGGCUGCGUCUUUCUAGAGAUGACCCUGACUCUCAAAGGGCUCAAUCUAUGUUAUAUGGACGAAUUUUUUGAACGGACUGGAACUCGC